AUGGAGAGCCUGGAGAAGAGGAGGCUCAGGGGGGACCUUAUUGCUCUCCACAAGUACCUGAGAGGAGGGUGUAGCCAGCCUCCACUCUGGCACCAAGGCACAUCCUCCUGCUGUAGCCGUGGGGAUGUUGGGACCACAGUGGAGCAGCUCCUGCCCAAAGGGGCUGCCAGCAUCAUCCCUGCUCUGGAGCUGCUCCUCCAAGCAGUUGAGCUACAGGAUCAUAUAAUACACAAUCAUCAGCUGCAGGAUCUUUUAUUAACAGAUUCUUCUAAGUCAAGGACAAGGAAUACAAUAAUAGUAGCUACUGGACUGAGAAAAAAACACAGAAGCAAGGAAAAUGCAGAAAAAUAGUAUCUUCUUGACCCCAGUGCUCCACAGCAGAUAUUAGUUACUGUUGCUCAGAAAUUAGGAGUGACAAUUACCUUGUCACUUCCUGCUGAAGAAUGGGUAAAGAGAUCCACACAGCAUGGAAAAUCCAUACAGCAUUGUGCAACAUUCAGGGAAGAAUUUGCAAUUCAACCCAGGGUGCUGCAUUCAUGUUCCCAUGUAGUCCAUUAAGCAUGCCUGAAAACCUUUGAAAAAUUUACAGGUAAAAAUUGUCCUAUGUGUAGAAAAGAGCAGUAUCAGACCAGAGUAAUACAUGAUGGGGCAUGUGUGUCACCAGACAAUAUUUAUUUCUUAAUAAUAUUCCUAAUGCAUUACACUUUCAGCAAGAAACUAGACAGAAUGAACGCAGUACAAAAAAUUGUGCCUUACAGAAUUCAAGCUUCCUGGAGGGGAUAGAUUGCUAGAAAAGAGUAUAAAGACUUGAGAGAAGCAGUGCCUCCUAAGAAUAGAAAAUUCAGAAAGCAAUCAUUUGACAAAAAAUUCUGUUGUAUUCGAUUCCUUGGGGCAAUUCAGCUUCCUUAA